AUGGCUCAACUUCUGAACAGCAUACUCACUGUGAUCAAAGUGUUCCAUAAAUUUAGCAGUGAGAAUGGGGACUGUACCUCGCUGUGCAAGAAGGAGCUGAAGCAACUGCUUUUGAUUGAAUUUGGAGACAUACUCCGGAGACCAAAUGACCCAGAGGCUGUGGAAACCAUCAUGAGCUUCUUGGAUCAAGACAGAAAUGGAUACGUUGACUUUCAAGAGUAUCUCUUGUUGGUGUUCCAACUGGCCCAAGCCUGCUAUCAUAAGCUAGAUAAUGAGUCAUGUGGGGAUAGAACCUCCCAGCAAGAACAAGGGCAAGAGGGAAUACGGGACCAUACAUUUCCAAGAAACACAAGUAGACAGAGGCAUGAGGGAAAAAGGCAGGACACCCACCACAGUCAGUCUGAGACCCAAGAUAGGGAUGCCCACUACGGUCAGUCUGAGAGACAAGAUAUGGACACUCACCAUCGUCAGUCUGAGAAACAAGAUAGGGACACCCACUAUGGUCAGUCUGAGAGACAAGAUAGGGACACCCAUCAUCGUCAGACUGAGAGACAAGAUCAGGAUUCCUGUGAUGGUCAGUCUGAGAGACAAGGUCAGGAUUCCAGCUAUGGUCAGAGAUUGAGUCACAAAUCUAGCAGUGGCCAGUCUGAAAGACAGGGAUAUAUCUUUGCCUUAAAUCGGUAUGAGAAACCAGGUCAGGAUUCUUAUUACAGUCAGUCUGAAAGUCUUAGCCGACAAUCAAACAGACAUGGCCAGAGUUCCCACUAUGGUCAGACUGACAGACAAAGCCUUGGUUCUCAGGGUGGUCAGACAGACAGACAAGGCCUGAGUUCUCAAUAUGGUCAGACAGAAAGACAAGGCCUGAGUUCUCAAUAUGGUCAGACAGACAGACAAGACCUAAGUUCCCACUAUGGUCAGACAGAAAGACAAGGCCUGAAUUCUCACUAUGGUCAGACAGACAGACAUGGCCAGAGUUCCCACUAUGGUCAGACUGACAGACAAAGCCUUGGUUCUCAGGGUGGUCAGAUAGACAGACAAGGCCUGAGUUCUCAAUAUGGUCAGACAGACAGACAAGGCCUGAGUUCUCAAUAUGGUCAGACAGAAAGACAAGGCCUGAGUUCUCAAUAUGGUCAGACAGACAGACAAGACCUAAGUUCCCACUAUGGUCAGACAGAAAGACAAGGCCUGAAUUCUCACUAUGGUCAGACAGACAGACAUGGCCAGAGUUCCCACUAUGGUCAGACUGACAGACAAAGCCUUGGUUCUCAGGGUGGUCAGAUAGACAGACAAGGCCUGAGUUCUCAAUAUGGUCAGACAGACAGACAAGGCCUGAGUUCUCAAUAUGGUCAGACAGAAAGACAAGGCCUGAGUUCUCAAUAUGGUCAGACAGACAGACAUGGCCAGAGUUCCCACUAUGGUCAGACAGAAAGACAAGGCCUGAAUUCUCACUAUGGUCAGACAGACAGACAUGGCCAGAGUUCCCACUAUGGUCAGACUGACAGACAAAGCCUGAGUUCCCACUAUGGUCAGACAGACAGACAAGGUCAGGGUUCUCACUAUGGUCAGACAGACAGACAAGGCCAGAGUUACCACUAUGGUCAGACAGAUAGACAAAGCCUUGGUUCUCAGUAUGGUCAGAUAGACAGACAAGGCCAGAGUUCUUGCUAUGGUCAGACAGACAGACAAGGCCAGAAUUACCACUAUGGUCAGACAGACAGACAAGGCCAGAGUUAUUGCUAUGGUCAGACAGACAGACAAGGCCUGAGUUCUCACUACGGUCAGUCAGAAACUGGGGAAACUGAAAUACAAGGGCAAAAUAGGUACUCCCAAGGGAGUGAGAAAACAAGAAGGAAUUCAUAUGUGGAGCAAUCAGGACGGUCAAGAAGACUAAGUCAACAGACUCAAGGACAGGAAGUCAACCAAAAUCAGGGUCAAGGACUCCAGUCAGGAACAGAGCAGCAGAAGAGACACCAGGCAUGGGAGCUGCAGCCAGAGGAAGAUAGCCAGCACCACCAACACAAAUUCUUAGCACAAAUUCAGCAAGAAAGGCCACUUUGCCACAAAGGGAGAGAUUGGCAAUCAUGCGACAGUACGCAGGACCACAGACAGGCCCAGAUCAGGCAGAGCCGUGGUGAGGGGCAGAGACACCAGACAGAGGAGAGGCAGAGCCGUCAGAGCCAGGGUAGACAGAGUCAUGAGGGUCAGGGAAGUCCAUGCGAUAGACAAGACAGGCAAACCCACGAAGACGAGCAGAACCAUCAGAGACGAGACAGGCAAACCCACGGAGACGAGCAGAACCAUCAGAGACGAGACAGGCAAACCCACAGAGACGAGCAGAACCAUCAGAGACAAGACAGGCAAACCCACGGAGACGAGCAGAACCAUCAGAGAGAAGACAGGCAAACCCACGGAGACGAGCAGAACCAUCAGAGACAAGACAGGCAAACCCACGGAGACGAGCAGAACCGUCAGAGAGAAGACAGGCAAACCCACGGAGACGAGCAGAACCGUCAGAGACAAGACAGGCAAACCCACGGAGACGAGCAGAACCGUCAGAGACAAGACAGGCAAACCCACGGAGACGAGCAGAACCGUCAGAGACAAGACAGGCAAACCCACGGAGACGAGCAGAACCGUCAGAGACAAGACAGGCAAACCCACGAAGACGAGCAGAACCGUCAGAGACAAGACAGGCAAACCCACGGAGACGAGCAGAACCGUCAGAGACAAGACAGGCAAACCCACGGAGACGAGCAGAACCGUCAGAGACAAGACAGGCAAACCCACGGAGACCAGCAGAACCGUCAGAGACAAGACAGGCAAACCCACGAAGACGAGCAGAACCAUCAGAGACAAGACAGGCAAACCCACGGAGACCAGCAGAACCGCUCCUACCUCAUCCGAGGCACUGUCCAUUGA